UGCUGGAAUAUACUGAUUGUACCGCCAAGGCAGCAGUGAGGACCAUCUAUUUAAGGAGGCAGAAGUUACAUUUCUGGGUAAAUCCUGGAGAUUCUUUGUCUAAAAAAUGAAAGUCACUGCUCUGUGCCUGCUGUGUCUUCUACAUCUUGGCUUUGCUGCAGCUGAAGAAAGAAUAUUUUAUAUUGGCAUUAGAGAAACUAACUGGGAUUAUGCACCCAGUGGCAAUAAUAUUAUAUCUGGAACAUCCAUAAAGGAUGAUGAAGAUGCACAAACCUUUCUAGUGGGUGGUCCUGACAGAAUUGGAAGAGUCUAUAAGAAAGCUGUUUACCUGCAGUACUCUGAUGACUCUUACAGUAAGGAAAUAAAGAAACCUCAGUGGCUGGGACAUCUGGGUCCAAUAUUAAAAGCUGAGAUCGGAGACAUAAUUAUUGUUCACCUUAAAAACUUUGCCUCUAGACCAUACAGUAUCCAUCCGCAUGGAGUACAGUACACAAAGGAAAAUGAAGGUGCUUUGUACCCUGAUAAUGCUUCCAGUGGGCACAAAGAUGAUGCAAUAGAGCCAGGUCAAUCCUAUACAUACAGGUGGGAAGCAGUCAGCGAACAGGGUCCAACUGUUCAAGAUGAGGACUGUAUAACAAGGAUCUACCAUUCACAUAUUGAUGGUCCAAAGGAUGUUUCUUCCGGUCUUAUAGGACCCUUGAUCAUUUGUAAAAAGGGAAGUAUAAAUGCUGUAGAGCAGCACAAAUACAAAGAGUUUGUCUUGAUGUUUUCCGUGAUUGAUGAAAAUCUGAGUUGGUACCUGGACGAAAAUAUCAAUACCUUUUGCACUGAACCAUCCUCAGUGGAUAAAAAUGAUACUGAUUUCCAGGAGAGCAAUAAAAUGCACUCUAUUAAUGGAUACAUGUUUGGAAACCUUCCUGGUCUGUCAAUGUGCGAAGGAGAACAUAUUCACUGGUACUUGUUUGGUAUGGGGAAUGAAGCCGAUAUCCAUUCAGCAUACUUUCAUGGACAGGUUCUAACAUUCCAAAUGUAUCGUGUUGAUACCCUGAGCCUCUUCCCUGCAACAAUGAUUGAAGGUCACAUGGUUACAAAGAACCCUGGGAAAUGGCUCCUCACCUGCCAGGUCAAUGACCACUUAGCAGGUGGCAUGCAAGCAAUUUAUGAAGUGAAGAGUUGCCCAGCACAAGCUCAAGAGAGAGAAAGCAGUAGGAUAGGACGUGAAAGACGCUAUUUCAUUGCUGCAGAAGAAGCAAUGUGGAAUUAUGCUCCAACGGACACCAACCAGUUUACAGGACAGAAAAUAGAUCACCCUGAUACUGAAUCCGCAAUCUUUUUUCAACGAAAUGAAGUAAGGAUUGGAGGGACCUAUACAAAAGCUGUUUAUGUGGAAUACACAGAUGCAACUUUCACAACAAGGAAACAGCGAUCUAAAGAUGAAGAACACCUUGGGAUCCUGGGUCCUGUCAUGAUAGCGCAAGUAGGAGAUUCCAUGAAGGUUACAUUUAAGAACAAAGCAAGUCGACCAUACAGUAUCCAAGCUCAUGGGGUGAGCUACAGCAAAAACAUGGAAGGUGCUUCCUACAGAACUGGAAAUCUUACUAACGAUGAUCCUUCACCUGGCUCUCAUGUGGCCCCUGGGGAUACAUUUACCUAUGAAUGGGAAGUGUCAAGUGCUGUGGGUUCCACUAAUCAAAAUUUAAAUUGUUUGGUAUGGCUGUACUUCUCGUCUGUGGAUGCUAUCAAAGACACUAAUUCUGGCCUUGUAGGCCCUCUGCUUAUCUGCAAAAGUAUUGAUGCAAACAACCACCAGAGAGGAAUAGCCCACAAUUACUUCUUGCUGCCAACAGUAUUUGAUGAAAAUGAGAGUUGGUACUUGGAUGAAAACAUUCAGCAGUUUACAGGCACCCCUGCCAAUGUCAACAAAGAAGAUCCAGAUUUCCAAGAGUCCAAUAUGAUGCACUCAAUUAACGGAUACAUGUAUGGAAACCAACCUGGGCUUGAUAUGUGUGCAGGAGACACGGUUCUGUGGCAUUUGAUGGGCCUGGGGAAUGAGGUUGAUAUGCAUGGAAUUCAUUUUUCUGGCAACACUAUAGUAACUCAUUAUACAAGGGCCGAUACAGCCAGCCUCUUCCCCCAUAUCUCUUAUAGUGUUAUGAUGAACCCAGAUAAUGAAGGGGUUUUCAAUGUUGAGUGCAUGACCACCGACCAUUACACUGCCGGUAUGAGACAGCACUACAGGGUUAAAUCUUGUGGCAAGCAAUCUUUCAGUUUAUUAUUCCGUACCAACACAUAUUACAUUGCAGCAGAAGAAAUAGAAUGGGACUAUUCUCCAAACCGGACUUGGGAACAUGAAAGACACAUUCAUCAUGGUGAAAGCCCCGGAGAUGCAUUUUUAAACAAAGGCGAAAAGUUUAUUGGUUCAACAUACAAGAAAGCAGUUUACCGGCAGUACACUGACCGCACCUUUACAAAACGCAAAGAAAGGAAUGAAGAGGAAAAGCAUUUGGGGAUUCUAGGCCCACUUUUAAUUGCAAGAACUCAUGAAAAAGUUAAAAUCGUGUUUAAGAACAUGGCCAGCAGGCCAUAUUCAAUCUAUGCUCACGGAGUAAAAACAGAUGGUCCGGUUGUGCAAACAGAGCCUGGGCAAACACAAACUUACAUCUGGAAAAUUCCAGAAAGGUCUGGACCUGGCUAUCAUGAAGAUGUAAACUGUGUAACUUGGGCUUAUUACUCAACAGUGGAUCAAGUUAAGGACACAUACAGUGGAUUAAUUGGCCCUCUUGUGAUCUGUAAGAGAUCGUUGUUGCCAUUGGACAUGCUCAGCAAACCAAAGAGGUUUGCUCUUCUUUUCCUGAUUUUCGAUGAGAACGAGUCAUGGUAUUUGGAUGAGAAUAUCAAAACCUAUUCUUUGCAUCCAGAUCAAGUUCAAAAAGAAGAUGAAGAUUUCAUUGAAAGCAAUAAAAUGCAUGGCAUAAAUGGAAAGCUGUAUGCCAACUUAGAAGGCCUCACUAUGCAUGUUGGAGAUAAAAUCUACUGGCACCUUAUUGGACUGGGCAAUGAAGCUGACAUACAUACCAUGCACAUUCAUGCACACAGCUUUACAUAUGUGAGAGGAGCGACAUUUCAUUCAGAUGUGUAUGAUCUGUUUCCUGGGACAUUUAAAACAGUUGAAAUGAUAGCACGAGUUCCUGGCACCUGGUUACUGCACUGUCAUGUGACAGACCAUAUCCAUGCUGGGAUGGAGGUGCUCUACACUGUAUUAGAAAAAAAACAAUCUCAAUCUAUUUUCACAAAGUUUAUAAAACAGUAAGCUGAGGCCCUGGAUCCUGGUGUUGGAAAGAUGGAAGAAAGACCUGUAAAAGAACUGAUAAAGAACACUUCCGUGAAUGGUCCGUUUCAAUCAUCUCAGUUCUCAAUAAAAACAAAUCAGUUGUGUUUCACUGAAGCAUAAGGUUGCAAAAUUUUCCCUGCAGAUUGUUUAAUGUUUUCCAAUUGACCCUUUAUAUUUCUGCAUAGUUGAAUAUUAUUACAGUCUGUUUUGUGUUGAAUCUUGUCCUGCUGUUUUUUAGGUAACUUUUUUUGUUUAUAUAGUAUUGAAAUACUAUGUAGCCCUUUAUCCAUUAACAUCAGGCUCUGAAGCUUACAAUCUAAAGGCCCCUAUUACAUUUAAAAAACACACAAACUAGAGGAUAUAGAAUGCCCAAUUUUUUAACUUAACAACUAGUCUUAUAGUUUAUGAAUAAUUCAUAUAUAUGUUUUGGAAUAAUUUACCCCCUCCUCUGAAUCGCACCAGCUUUCACUGACCCCCAGCAGCCAAAAAAACCCAUAAAAUAAAUGUCGAGCGCAAGUUGCCCCCCACCUGUCUGGCUGAGAUUAACUGCCCCCCCUGCAUUGUUCACACCUCAGGUGUGUAAUUAUGUGCUUGGGGUUGCUGUCCUAUCCAUAGGGAAGGAGAAGGCAUAUGGAUUUAAGAAUGUGGCAUUUUAUUACUUAAUAAACUUCUUUCAAAUAUGAAUGAAGGGUGAUAUCCCUGCAGUGAGCACCAACAAUGUGGGUUCAUCUUUCAGUCUCUCAUUCAAACCACAGCCUGGAUGCUAGGGUAAAUAGAUUAUAGCAAACAGAUAACUGCUGACAUCCCUUGGUUGAAAAUCAAUUCAAUAUUAUAAAAAAAAAUCCAGAGGCCACUGUAAGGGCAAUUAAAUAAAUAAUUGCCAUUUUCUGAUAACUUCUUAUAACUUUAGAUAUAAGCAAUACACCGAUCACAGAGCUUAAACCACUGAACUAGUGCUACUGAAAUAAAACACAUGGACAUAAAGAGAAGUUGUAAUAUUUACUUUAUACCUCUGCCUCCUCAGCUGAUUUGCCUCAUACAGAAUCAUGGUUUUAGUAAUGUGCAUAGUAAUAAUAUAUUAAGGUUAUAAAACAGGUGCUUUCUAAAAUAAAUACAAAUAAACAAAUAAAAUAAAACA